ACGGAAGAGGAGGUAGCGGCGCGGUAAUCCCGGCGACGGCUGUGAGGCGGCGCGCCGCCGCGCCUGCUCCUUGAUCACGCUGCUCGUGCUGCUUGCGCUGCCCGAGGCCCGGCACGGACUGGACCGACGCGAUCCUCGCGCAGGCAGCUCUCGCGUGGGGUUUGGCAGAAGCCUGGGAGGGCCGGGCAGCCGAGGGAGCGUCUGCCGCGCGACACUGCGGGACCGCGGGUGGGCGGGCUGAGGGGCGGAGGAGCCGUCGACCCCGCCUCCCGCGUGCUGCUGCCGGAGCCGCCAGCCGCGGCCCCGCUGAGGCUUUAAACAGCGGGGCCCGCCCCGCGCCCACUGCACUCGCGCGCCGACUCGACUGCCGGCGGCGUUUGUGCCGGUCCGGGCUAGCGGCGGCGGGCGGGCGGAGGGGCGAGCGAUUCCGUCACCUGGCGUUGCGGCCGCGGGCACCGCCGGCGGGGGGCGCGGAGGGCGUGCAGCCCACGACGUCCGCCAGGCUCUCCGAGUCUGCCGGGGGUCGGGCGGCGAUGGAACCGGGGCCCACGGCGCCCUCCUCCGGCGCGCCGAGGCUAGCCGGGGUCGGGGAGACGCCGCCAGCUGCCGCGCUGGCCGCCGCCGGGGUGGACCUGCCCGGCGCGGCCGUGCCCUCAGCGUCGGAGGAUGCUGCUGCCGCGAGCCGGGGCGGCGGCGGGGUCCGCGGUGAGGGCGCCGUGGCGGCUGGGGACGGACUGGGCAGACCCUUGGGGCCCACCCCGAGCCAGAGCCGCUUCCAGGUGGACCUUGUUUCCGAGAAUGCGGGGCGGGCUGCAGCAGCCGCGGCGGCUGGUGCCGGGGCUGGGGGUAAGGAGACCCCAGCGGACGGGAAAGCUAGCGGCGAAAGCGGGCCAGGCAAGGGCAGCGAGGAAGCCAAGGGCCGCUUCCGUGUGAACUUCGUGGACCCGGCUGCCUCUUCAUCUGCUGACGAGAGCCUGUCGGAUGCGGCGGGGGUCGGAGGCGACGGGCCCAACGUGAGCUUCCAGAACGGCGGGGACACAGUGCUGAGCGAGGGCAGCAGCCUGCACUCGGGCGGUGGCGGCGGCAGUGGGCACCACCAGCACUACUACUAUGAUACCCACACCAACACUUACUACCUGCGCACCUUUGGCCACAACACCAUGGACGCCGUGCCCAGAAUCGAUCACUACCGGCACACCGCAGCGCAGCUGGGCGAGAAGCUACUCCGGCCCAGCCUGGCUGAGCUCCACGAUGAGCUGGAAAAGGAACCUUUUGAGGAUGGCUUUGCCAACGGGGAAGAAAGUACUCCAACCAGAGAUGCUGUUGUCACGUAUACUGCGGAAAGUAAAGGAGUUGUGAAGUUUGGCUGGAUCAAGGGUGUAUUAGUACGUUGUAUGUUAAACAUUUGGGGUGUUAUGCUCUUCAUUAGAUUGUCAUGGAUUGUGGGUCAGGCUGGAAUAGGUCUGUCGGUUGUUGUAAUUAUAAUGGCCACUGUUGUGACAACUAUCACAGGAUUGUCUACUUCAGCAAUAGCUACUAAUGGAUUUGUACGUGGAGGAGGAGCAUAUUAUUUAAUAUCUAGAAGUCUAGGGCCAGAAUUUGGUGGUGCAAUUGGACUGAUCUUCGCUUUUGCCAAUGCUGUUGCAGUUGCUAUGUACGUGGUUGGAUUUGCAGAAACUGUGGUGGAGUUGCUUAAGGAACAUUCCAUACUUAUGAUAGAUGAAAUCAAUGAUAUCCGCAUUAUUGGAGCCAUUACGGUGGUGAUCCUUUUAGGUAUCUCAGUGGCUGGAAUGGAGUGGGAAGCAAAAGCUCAGAUUGUUCUCUUGGUGAUUCUACUACUUGCUAUUGCUGAUUUCGUCAUAGGAACAUUUAUCCCAUUGGACAGCAAGAAGCCCAAAGGUUUCUUUGGUUAUAAAUCCGAAAUAUUUAAUGAGAACUUUGGACCGGAUUUUCGAGAAGAAGAGACUUUCUUUUCUGUGUUUGCCAUCUUUUUUCCUGCUGCAACUGGUAUUCUUGCUGGAGCAAAUAUCUCAGGUGAUCUUGCAGAUCCUCAGUCAGCCAUACCCAAAGGAACACUCUUAGCCAUUUUAAUUACUACAGUGGUUUACAUAGGAAUUGCAGUAUCCGUAGGUUCUUGUGUUGUUCGAGAUGCCACUGGGAACGUUAAUGACACUAUUGUAACAGAGCUAACAAACUGUACUUCUGCAGCCUGCAAAUUAAACUUUGACUUUUCAUCUUGUGAAAGCAAUCCUUGUUACUACGGCCUAAUGAACAAUUUCCAGGUAAUGAGCAUGGUGUCUGGAUUUGCACCAUUAAUUUCUGCUGGUAUCUUUUCAGCCACUCUUUCUUCUGCAUUAGCAUCCCUUGUGAGUGCUCCCAAAAUAUUUCAGGCUCUUUGUAAGGACAACAUCUACCCAGCUUUCCAGAUGUUUGCUAAAGGUUAUGGGAAAAAUAAUGAACCUCUUCGUGGCUACAUCUUAACAUUCUUAAUUGCCCUUGGAUUCAUCUUAAUUGCUGAACUGAAUGUUAUUGCUCCAAUUAUCUCUAACUUCUUCCUUGCGUCAUAUGCAUUGAUCAAUUUUUCGGUGUUCCAUGCAUCACUUGCCAAAUCUCCAGGGUGGCGUCCUGCAUUCAAAUACUACAACAUGUGGAUAUCACUUCUUGGAGCGAUUCUCUGUUGCAUAGUGAUGUUCGUUAUUAACUGGUGGGCUGCACUGCUAACAUAUGUGAUAGUCCUUGGGCUGUAUAUUUAUGUUACCUACAAAAAACCAGAUGUGAACUGGGGAUCCUCUACACAAGCUUUGACUUACCUAAAUGCCCUGCAGCAUUCGGUUCGUCUUUCAGGAGUGGAAGACCAUGUGAAGAACUUUAGGCCACAGUGUCUUGUUAUGACAGGUGCUCCAAACUCACGCCCAGCUUUACUUCAUCUUGUUCAUGAUUUCACAAAAAAUGUUGGUUUGAUGAUCUGUAGUCAUGUACAUAUGGGCCCCCGAAGACAAGCCAUGAAAGAGAUGUCCGUUGAUCAAGCCAAAUAUCAGCGGUGGCUUAUCAAAAACAAGAUGAAGGCUUUUUAUGCCCCAGUACAUGCAGAUGAUUUGAGAGAGGGUGCGCAGUACUUGAUGCAGGCUGCUGGUCUUGGGCGUAUGAAGCCAAAUACGCUCGUCCUUGGGUUUAAGAAAGAUUGGCUGCAAGCAGAUAUGAGGGAUGUGGAUAUGUACAUAAACAUAUUUCAUGACGCCUUUGACAUACAAUAUGGAGUAGUGGUUAUCCGCCUAAAAGAGGGUCUGGAUAUAUCUCAUCUUCAAGGACAAGAAGAAUUAUUGUCAUCACAAGAGAAAUCUCCUGGUGUCAAGGAUGUGGUACUAAGUAUGGAAUAUAGUAAAAAAUCGGAUUUAGAUACUUCAAAACCAUCUGAUGAGAAAGCUGUUACACACAAAGAUGAGGAAGAGGAUGGCAAGACUCCAACUCAACCACUGUUGAAAAAAGAAUCCAAAGGCCCUGCUGUGCCCUUAAAUGUGGCUGACCAAAAGCUUCUUGAAGCUAGUACUCAGUUUCAGAAAAAACAAGGGAAGAACACUAUUGACGUCUGGUGGCUUUUUGAUGAUGGAGGUUUGACUUUAUUGAUACCUUAUCUUCUGACUACCAAGAAAAAGUGGAAAGACUGUAAGAUCAGAGUAUUCAUUGGUGGGAAAAUAAAUCGAAUAGACCAUGACCGGAGAGCGAUGGCUACUUUGCUUAGCAAGUUCCGGAUAGACUUCUCUGAUAUCAUGGUCUUAGGAGAUAUUAAUACUAAACCAAAGAAAGAAAAUAUUGUAGCUUUUGAUGAAAUGAUUGAGCCAUACAGACUUCAUGAAGAUGACAAAGAACAAGAUAUUGCAGAUAAAAUGAAAGAAGAUGAACCGUGGCGAAUAACAGACAAUGAGCUUGAACUCUAUAAGACCAAGGUAGCUGUCUCUUCUGCUUUCUUUUCCUUAAUAUUCCAUGGAUUUUUUUUUUUAAAUAAGGAAAUCGUCUUGAGUCUGCCAGUUGCCCGGAAAGGUGCUGUGUCUAGUGCUCUCUAUAUGGCAUGGUUAGAAGCUCUUUCGAAGGACCUACCACCAAUUCUCCUAGUCCGUGGGAAUCAUCAGAGUGUCCUUACCUUCUAUUCUUAAAUGCCCCAGUACAGUGGAUAGCCCUCCAGAUGGUACUUGAGUGCCUAGUGAAGUCACUGAAAUCUUCAAAGACACAUUAACAUCACAAUGGCGAACUGUGACUUUUCUUUCACUUUUUCAUUGAUUUGAAAGCACACAGGGACGUUGCUUCACUGAUAUGUGUAUGGAGACUUCAGUUUUAGUCAGUUCUGUAUUUCAGUCUUAAUGAAUGAUGAUGAUUCCUCAUUGUUGGACUGAGGCUCACGAGAGUAAAGUUUUCCUUUGCUACUUGAAUAGCAAUAAAAGUGGGUUAUUUUGUGAUUGAUGAAAGGAGUACAAAAAGCCUUUAGCCUUGAGGUGCCUUCUGAAAUUAACCAAAUUUCAUCCAUAUAUCCUCUUUUAUAAAUUUAUAGAAUGUCAAAUUUUGCCUUUAGCUGUUAUUUCGUUUCUAGUCUCUCCCACCUUAAAAUGAAAUGGACACUGCUUUUCUUCUUCCAUUGACCAAUUAGUGUUGAGUACUGUAUGUUUUCUAUUACUUUUAUAAAGGUAUCUGUUAGAUACUAAAGGUGAGAAUUAGGGCAAGUUAAUAAAAAAUGCGAACAAAACAAAACAAUACAAACAAAAAUCGUAGCCAAAAAGUGACCCCAAGGUUGGGUUUGUCUGGGUAUGUAUAAAAUGUAGAUCUAGGGAAAAAAGACCCAAUAAACCUUUCUUUUUUUUUAAAUCUCUAAUUGGCUGUUAUUUGUAUUUUUAUUUGAAAUCUUAGAGAAGGUUGAAGAUUUAUUCAGUACUUCUGUAUACCAUGCUGAAAAAUCCCCUGUUGUCAUUCUUUAGACCAAAGUCCUCAAAAUGAUUUGUAUCUAUUAGAAGAGAGAUCUGUCCUAAUUUAUAGUUUUCCUCAAAUCUUGAGGGACUUUUAAGAAAUGCUAAAAGAUUUUUCUCAAGGAAAAUUAGACAAAGCAAUGUCAUUAAAUAGAAUAUUUCAAUAAACAAUAUGUGGAAUUCCACUAUACACAUCCUUUAUAAAUCAUUAAACUAUUUAGUGUUUCAUCAAAUGGUUAAAUGGACCACUGGUUUCUUUGUGAAAUGUUUUUAGGCUUAAUUCAUUCAAUUGUCAAGUACACUUAGUCUUAAUUAAUAUACUCAGGUUUGAACAGAUUAUUCUGAACAUUUAAAUUUAAUCCAUUCUUAAUACUUUAAAACUUUUGUGUUAAGAAAAACUGCCAGUUUGUGCUUUUGGAAUGUCUGUUUUGACAUAGUCUACUAGUACAAUUUUGACAGUGCGUACGUACUGUUACUAAAAGCUUUAUAUACAAUUAUUAAUGUGAAGUUUUCAUUUUUAUUCAAGGAAGGAUUUCCUAAAAACAUUUCAAGGGAUAUAUGUCUGCAUAUCUGUAUGUGUGUAUGUAUGUGUAUAUGCAUACACAGAUGCAUAUGUGUAUAUAUAAUGACAUUUAUGUUGCUGGUUUUUUGCAUUUAAAAGUGAUCAAGAUUCAUUCGAUUAACAUUUUUUGGUUUCAGUAAACAUAAGUUCAAAAUUAGAUUGAAAGAGACAGGUUUCACAGAGAACAGAGGUGAUCAUUUGAAGUGCAUGUAACUUCAUACAGUUACUGUUCAGGGAGAAACGGAGAACACACCCUUUACAGUGCUGUUCAGUGAGUUCAUUGGUAUAACUUUCAGUGGUGAAGACUAUAUGCAGUUUUUCAUGAAUCUGGAUAGUUAGCGAUAAAAUCACUACUGUUGUCAAUAGUGCAGUAUUUUUGCUGCGUGAGCAUACACGAAAUGAAUAGAAAAGUGGGGAUCUGAUAAUAAUUUUGAAUUUCGAAUGUUGAAGUAAUUGUUUUUCCAGGUUUUUUUUUUCCCUACAUUAUAACUCACAGCGUUGUUCCAUUUAUUGCAGGUUUUGUAGUGUUUUGGAGGAAAGACAGUAGAAAUGUCAUCUUAUUCAGUAAACAUACCGUGUUUGAACUUUUUAAAUGGAUAAUAGGGCAUGAACUGAGUGCUGCUAUUUUGAAAUGUGCACAGGUACACUUAUUUUUUUUUUUAAUUUUUCCCAUUCAGGAAACCAUCAUUGUGAUCUGUACUGCAGGAACCAAAUGUCAUGCAUCAAACAUAUGUGUAUAAAGUACAUAAAAUAUAUCUAAAUAUGCAUAAUGGGGGGGUAAUAUUGUCUGUGAAAUAAUGUAAGAAACUUUUCACUUAAAAAAAAAUGCAUUACUUUCACUUAACACUAGACACCAGGUCAAAAUUUUCAAGGUCGUUGUAGUACUCUAAUAAAGUUCAGCACUUCUUAGAGAUGCUAGCUAGUAUUGAAGCUAUUCUGGUUUAUUUUGUUUAUGCUGAAUUUGAUUAUUUUCAUGCCAAAAGGUUUUUUUUGAGUUCUAAUCAUUGGUGAUAACUUGGAAAUAAAUAUGAAAUGGCAUUUGACAGUUUGUUAUUCCUAUAGGUGAAUACUCACUGGGUUUAGAGAGAAUGGUGGUGUUAAGCUGAUGAUUAAUGGUUAAUUAAAUCAGAUAUUUAUUUGUUACAUUAUUUCAUUUGUAUUCUAGGUUUCCUUUUACAUUCUUUUUGUAUGCUUUCUGACAUUACAUAUUUUUAAAAGACUAUGGAAAUAAUUUAAAGAUUUGAGCUCUGGUGGAUGUUUAUCUACUAAGUUUGAAAAUGUCAUAUUUUGAUAAUACUGUACUAUAACUGUCACACAAAUGCUUUUCUAAUGUUUUAACGUUGAGUAUUGCAGUUGCUGCUUUGUACAGAGGUUACUGCAAUAAAGGAAGUGGAUUCAUUAAAACUAUUUAAUGUCUAA